CGCGCACCGACAGCGACAAAAACAUUCACCAUGAAAGAAGCGUAGUUUUGAACGUAGCAUCGGGAUCUGGUCUUUUCUAGUGAAUUUUGACCGUUUCGAUUGCAGCUAAUCGUUUUUGCAGUGAAAUUUUUGAAUCUAAUCAAUAUCGUCUUCUCAGAAAUCUAACGAAAUUAGAUUUUUGCGGACGGAAUCGUUAUUUUCUGAGUCAUGAGGUGCACUAGGAAGGAGUAAAUUUCGCAUGGAUCAGGUGGUCAGCAUGCCCGUCGAGCAUCCAGAGUCGCUGGACGUGAAGCACCUUUGCGGAAAGGAAGAGCCCCUGUCCACCUUCCAGACGACUGCUGGGCUGCAAGAGGGUCUACUUGUGUCUCCUCCUCUCUCAGACUGCUCCCCCUCGCACACGCCAAUGAGUCCGGCGAAAAUCAAAGUCGAGGUUCCUGACGUGACGCGGGAAGAGCAGGUGAAAAUAAACGGCGAUUCGGUGAAAGUGCGCGCGCCUAGUGAAACAAGAAAACAUUCUUCGGACAGGCACCACUCAUCCUCGCACCACAGCAGCCAUAGAUCAAGCAAAUCUUCAUCCAAACCUCGACACCACUCUUCCAGUCAUCGAAAAUCGUCAAGGCACAGCGAUGACAGGAAAAACGAGUGUCCACACUGCGGAAGGCGGACAAAGGUUAAAAAGGCUCACAUCGGAAUCCAGUGCCGGCGAGACAGAACCUUCACGAAAACAGUUUCGCUGCCGCGGCCACCAAUGUCAGACACAAGUGCACGAAUGCAGAAUCUCAUCAGGGUGGAAAUCAGUGCCAACGGUGGUGCCAGCGUGGUGCACCUGUACCAGGAUGAAAUAAGCCACUUGAGCCCUGAGGAAAUGGAUGUGCUGGUGGAUGAGUACUUCAAAGUGGUGUUCCAGGAGGACGAGGAUGGCAAUGCUCAGCACGUAAUGGGAAUCGUGCACGGCGCGGCUGCCUAUCAACCUGACUACAUAGAUUACAUGGCUGAUAAUUAUCCUAAUCUGGUUGUCUCCAACAACAUCCUAGGAAGGAGUAACGAGACUGAGACUACCACCAUGUUGAAAUAUUGUGAAAAUGUUGGUAAAAAUUAUUCUUUUGGUACGUUCCGGUAUGGUCCUCUUAACAACAUAAGUAUUGUUGGCACGGUGCACGAGGAGCAAGGAGGAUUUUUCCCUGACUUGCUACAAAUCCUGGAACAGGAUCCCUUCCUUAAGCAGGUGAUGCCAUGGGGUGGUUUAUCUGCUGUGAAAAUGAGCACUCCACGCGAGUCAAACGAUGGGCCAAUCUUGUGGAUCCGACCAGGCGAGCAGAUGGUGCCUACGGCCGAUGUGUCCAAGUCUGCCACUAAAAGAAAAAGUAGGGCGGGCAUUAACGAGCUGAAGAACCUGCAGUACCUGCCAAGGCAAUCAGAGGCGCGCGAAUAUUUGUUCGAGGACCGCACCAGGGCGCACGCUGACCACGUCGGCCACGCGCUUGACAGACAAACGACGGCCGCGGUCGGCGUCCUCAAAGCCAUUCACUGCGGCGAGUCUUACAAUCGCAACAGAAUCACUAAAGACGUAGUCGCGUUCCAUGCAGCCAACUUCAACUACCUUGUCGAGAAGUUGCAACUUGAUCUUCACGAGCCACCCAUGUCUCAGUGUGUGCAAUGGGUGGAAGACGCCAAACUCAAUCAACUUAGGAGAGAAGGAGUGCUGUACGCACGUGUACAGCUUUGUGACAAUGACAUAUACUUUUUACCCAGGAAUAUCAUCCAUCAAUUUAGAACUGUCACUGCUGUCACUAGUUUAGCAUGGCAUGUUCGUCUGAAGCAAUACUAUCCAGAAUCACUGGCGGUGGAAGAAGACGCCAAGAGAGACCUGAGUCUGGUGAGUUCAGAAAACCGCUUGAGCAACACGUCGGUCAAGGUGGAAGCUAAUGACUGCAAAGAGGAAUUAGAAGAGAAGAAGAGCACGAAAAAAAGGCCGAAUGAGAAUGGUGAUGUUAGCUCUGCGCCGCCAGAGAAGGUUCUGAUUCUGGAAAAGGACAAGAACAAUCAUAAGCAGGAGCGGAAGGAAGAAAAGAAGGAGCGGCGAGAUGACAGGGAGAAGGAGCGAAGGGAGGGUAAGGACAAGGAGAGGAGAGAGAAGCACAAGGAGCGGAGGCCAGAGAGCGAGCGGAAGGAGAGGCGAGACGACAGGGAGAAGAAGGAGGAAAAGCAGGAGCUGCCAACUAGUGCCACAAACGAAAAGUCGAAAGCGGAUUCGGCCGUCAAGGUGAAUCCCCAAGAGUCUGAGUGCCAGCCGGCGCCGCAAAACGGCGAGGCGAAGCCGCCCGUGAAACGCCAACUGGCUCUCAACACUAUGUCGCCAGUGAAGAAGGACCCUCCUGUGGCGAGCAGUGUGAAUCUUCUGGAUCAGAUCAUGGCCGAAAUGAACAUGCCUCCGAAGCAGUUGGGCUAGUUGACAUUCCCGAACACGCAAAUUUGUCUCGCACACGCUCCCCGCAUUGGGUCGACAUGCCAUUCGCUUGUAAUCAAGCUUCCAUUUCAAUAUCCAGUGCGCCGGGCCCCCCUGCUAGAAACUUUUGCUUAUCUGCUAUCACAAUCUUUUCUUGUACAUAGGAGUGCAGCCGACAAAUAGUUGUUAUUGGAUGUUAAUUUUCCACUGCCAUUUUUUUCAUGGAAGUUGAACUAAACUACUUCACUUUAUCGGUGUCUGUUGUUUUCUGAGCGAGCUAGGCAUUAAAGUUGUGAGUUUUAUAUUAAUACAAUUUUUAUUUAGGCAGCCUGCACUUAUAUACACAGUGUGUUAUGAGCUAAUUUAUUGUUUUAGAAAUCUAGAGUCUUUAUUUUGAAUUUCACAUUUCAAAGAAUCAAAGUGGCCACCUUGACUUUAUUUAUUUCUCGGUAGACAUGCAAUUAACAGUAGAGACCAAUAUGUAUAAUUAAAGCAUAUACAACUGAGAAAAGUAUAACUAAAAUGCCUACAAUAGGUAAAAUUUAUAUCGUUGAUUAGCGUGAUUGCUAUGUAUUUGUAAUAAGUCUAUUUGAAUGUUUGUCAAUUUUAUUCUCACUUGCGUCACUCACUCUUGUCACAAAAACACAUUUCCGAGUUUUCCUCGGGUGCACUUUUCUUGACAAUUGUUGCUUCUUAGUUUCAAGUGCAAUAAUAGAAUUAUUUAAUAAAACCGAUAAAAACCAGUGAAUAAAA